CGUACAGUGACUCGGUAACUUCCCUACGGAUUCUGUCGUCCUGCUGCGAUUGACAUCAGACGCAGAGAACCUCGACCACCUGGUCUCUUCCCUCCCACCCACCUCAUAUCCGAGGCACCUUCACGCCGCACCAUUCUCGUGUUCCAGGUUUCUUUCCACCCUCUGUACUCAUACCGUAUUCCUUCACCAACUCCGGUGCGUGGGGCUGUGCCGCCAUCACCGGUAUUGCUUCUUCCUACAGACGACAUCUCAUUUGUUCCUCAUCCACCUAUCUACUCCUAUCCAAACCUCCCCUACCUCCGUGAUCACGUCGUUUCUUGAACUCGUUCGUAUCGACUGUCUCCGUUGCAGGGCAUCACCAAAUAUAUCUCCUCGCCAAAGACUUGGCAGGCAACCAUCGCGACAAUUCCUAAACAACACCACACUUCACGGCAACCAUGAAUUCCAUGCAGCGACAGAUCGCGAAAGCGAGGGGGAAGGGUGGCGCAGACAAUGCCAAAGUGUCUGUGCUACUCAAUGAUUUUGAAGAUGCGGAUAAGAUGCUGACGAAGGUUGGUUGUAGCUCUGUCCCUCAAGGUUCAUGGUGGGGGAGCUCUGCUAAUGACGAGAAUGUAUGGUUUAGAUUAUUGAAGCUUCCAAAACCUGGCGGGAUUCCUGGGUCUCGAUUCUCAACAUUCAGCUCGGAACGGUCACAUUGUUCGAGGAGUUGUACGACCCCAUCGUUGGUGCCAGCGAUGGCCAUGGCCACGAACCCGUCAUGACUUCCGAAGCCCAACUCGAUCGAACGGCGAAACUGAAAGUUGUAUAUGCAGAUUUGAAGACGGAUCUGUUAGAAGAGGUUGCCAUGAUGGACGCCCGAAUCAUCAAACCUGCCACGGAUGCGAAAGACUUUCUACAACCAUUACGAAAGACAAUUAAGAAGAGAGAAAACAAGAGAGUGGAUUGGGAGCGCUAUAUUGACAAAGUCAACACUUUGCAAGCAAAGAGGCUGAAGCGAACCGAUCGCGAGAAUUCUGCUCUGGCAAAAGCCGAGGAAGACCUUGCAGGUGCUGCAGAUGUAUGUCUCAUCCGAAACCCCCCUACGCGACCGCCGACAGUACCUUAUAUAGACAGGUACGGUCGGCGGUCUCGUGGGACAUGUUCUAAUUAUUAUUACAGGCUUUCAAAGUCGCAGACGACAACUUAAAAGAGAAACUUCCUCCUUUAAUUGCCGCCGCAUUUUCAAUCAUACCUCAUCUCCUGAGCGUUCAGAUUAUGAUACAAAAUACACUCCUCGCCCAAUAUUACACAGUCCUCCAUAACUACUGCGAGGAGAAUGGAUUUCCGUCACCCCCGCCGCCUAUGGAAGAUGUCAUAUCUGUAUGGGAAAUGGACUUUAAUCCAAUAAAAGAGCAAGUUGAAAGAAUAAAUUGUGUUGCUCGAGGAAGAGCAGUCCACCAACCCAUGGCACUUGGAGAAGACCCAGGCCGCAAAACAUCAGUAUCAAUGACUGGCUUGAAUGUUCGUAAUGGAUUCCGAGCACGAGCGCCUUCCCAAGGAAGAGUCUCAGCACCCGCAUCCCCCAAUCCAGAGCCUCAAGACGCUCCUCGGCCAAUGCGAAUACAAUCUGCGUCAACAGUCCCAGUUUAUGCGCCUCCAGCAUCAGAGCCAUCACCCGAACCCGAACCACCUUCAUACAGCACAACACCAGAUUACUCAAAAUCCCUCACUCCCGCUUCCACACACUCAGCUCACUCCCCUGCUGGUCCAAGUAUGGACUACUUUCAACGCGGAGCCAUAGCAAAGAAGAAGCCUCCGCCUCCCCCGCCCAAGCGAAUUGGCUCUCGAAAUUUUGCUACUUUCGCAGAGGCAUUGUAUUCAUUUGACGGCCAAAGCGAGGGAGACCUCAGUUUUCGAGAGGGUGAUCAAAUCAAAGUUCUCAAGAAGACAGAGAGUACUGAUGAUUGGUGGGAGGGUGAGCUGAGAGGCAAAAAGGGUAGUUUUCCCGCGAAUUAUUGUAAGCUUCUUUAGCGGUGGUUUUUAGAAGAUGGGAAAGGCGGAAAUAGGAUAGGUAAGAACAUUUGCAUGGGAUAUCGCAUGAUUUGAUGAUUGAUGACUUUUGAUGGGAGCAGAGGGAAUAAAAGCAAGAUGCUUUUUUCUGUUUUGUGUGAGAGAUAGGUAGGUAGGUUGGUAGGUAGGUGUUGGCGUUGGGAAGGGACUGUGAUCCUGGGUGUUACGGUACAGGGUAAUUAAAAUGGAAAUACACGAUGCGUAAUGGGUGCUCUUGUUCCUUACAUGCCAGUAUGUAAAAAUGUAUUGUUCCGUUCUAUUGUGAUAUCUGCAACUGAGUUUCAAGGUGACAGCCUACUCAAGCCCGG